GCCCCGUUUUCCUUUCCCCUCCCCUCCCGGCAGCUCUCGCGGGAGCGGCGGCGGCGGCGGGGCGGAGGGCGGCGACGCUCUCGCGAGAGGCGGCGGGCUCUCGCGAGAGUUGGCGGGGGCCCCCCUGGACGCGGUGCCGUUUCGCUUUGGGAAGUGAGCGGGGGGCGCGGCGGGCCGGGCCGGGCCGGACACGCGGCGGCGCGGGGCGGCGGCGGCGCCCGGCGGGCCUUCCGCCUCGGCGGCGGGGCGAGGGGCCGGCGCGGCGGGGCCCGGGGCGGAGGGGGGAGGGAUCUCGGGCCCAGGCCCCGCCUUCCCGGGGCGCCCCCGCGGCGGCGCUGCCCUCCGGGCCUGGGCCCCUCGGAUGAGGCGGUGAGGCCGGUGCCCUUCCGCCGCCCCCGCCGGUUCCUGCCCCCCUUCCGCCGCCGCGGGGCCGCGCUCCCCGGCCCGCUCCCCAUGUAGGAGGGGGGGUGCUGGCGGCAGGGAGGGCCGAGGCAGGGGGCGACGCUGCUGUGAAUGGUGGGGGGGGAGGGAGCUGGGUGCUGAGGGAGUUUAAAGUUUGGGGGCUUUGGAGGAUUCCCCCCCUCCCCUCUCUCAAGCACAGUGGAGGAGGAAUGCCAAAUCCGGAGAGACAUGGGGGCAAGAAGGACGGGGGCGGAGGGGGGUCCUCGCAGCACGCGCCUGGCAGCGGCAGUUCGAACAGCAAGGAGAGGCAUCGGCUGGCCUCCAGGCACAAGAGGCAUAAGUCCAGGCACUCCAAGGAGUCACCGCUGGCAGCCCAGGAGACCGCGGCGCCCCUGGGCGCGGUGAUCAAGCCGCUGGUGGAGUACGACGACAUCAGUUCCGAUUCGGAUACCUUCUCGGAUGAUGUGGCCCUCAAGCUGGACAGGAGGGAGAAUGAGGAACGGAAAGCGGACAGGAGCGAAAGGGUACAGAAGCACCGGCACCACCAGCACAAGCGCAUUCGAGAGCUGAUGAAGAGCAAGCAGGCGGAGAAGGAGAGGAAGUUAGAAAAGAGCCUGGAGGCGUCUAGCAGGUCAGGGUCCACCAAGGACAGAAUAUCAGGAUCCUCCAAGAGACUCCUCGAUGACAGUGAGGAGCACCCGAAGUCGCUGUCCUCCAAGAGUAGCAACAAGGAGUCCCGGUCAGCCAAAGCGCACAAGGAGAAAUCCAGGAAGGAGCGGGAGCUCAAAUCCAGCCAUAAGGAGCGCAGUAAAAGCCACCGGAAAAGGGAUGCUCCAAAAAGUUAUAAAACAAUUGACAGUCCGAAGCGGAAAUCCAGAAGUCCCCACAGAAAAUGGUCUGACAGCCCUAAAUUGGAUGACAGCCCCUCAGGAGCCUCCUACAUCCAGGAGUACGAUCUCAGCCCUCCCCGCUCUCACACAUCCAGUAACUACGAUUCUUACAAGAAGAGCCCCGGCGGCUCGUCGCGCCGGCAGUCGAUCAGCCCGCCCUACAAGGAGCCUGUGGCCUACCAGUCGAACACUCGCUCGCCCAGCCCCUACAGCCGGAGGCAGAGGUCGAUGAGCCCCUAUAACAGGAGGCGCUCCUCGAGCUACGAGAGAGGAAGCGGGUCGUACAGCGGGAGGUCGCCCAGCCCGUACGGCCGAAGGCGCUCGAGCAGCCCUUUCGUCGCGAAGCGGUCUGUGAGCCGGAGUCCGAUAGCCAGGAAGUCUGUGAAGUCCCGAAGUCGAAGUCCUGGGUAUUCAAGACACUCAUCAUCUCACAGUAAAAAGCAGAGGUCUGGGUCACGUAGUCGCCAUUCCAGUAUAUCACCUACCAGGCUACCACUGAACUCGAGUCUAGGAGCAGAACUCAGCAGGAAGAAAAAGGAACGAGCUGCAGCAGCAGCAGCUGCAGCAAAGGUGGAUGGAAAGGAGGCAAAGGGCUCACCUGUUUUCCUAUCUAGAAAGGAGAACAGCUCAGCUGAACUUAAGGAGGCUGGAACAGAGUCUAAAAAGGUCACCAAAACUGUUAAAUCUGAAAAAUCAUCUUCAGAUACAGAAUUAGUUAAUUUACUAUAUACGAAUGCAGAGACUAAAGCAUCUGCAGACACAAUAAAAAUCAAGGCAGAAGAGAAUUCUGAAAGGAAACAUCCUGUUCCAGUUAAAGAUUCAAAACAGACGGGAACAAAAGAUUUGAAGCCUGUAGUAGUGAAAGAGGAGCUUCUAUCUCCAAAAGAGACAGACACAGCAGAGAAGGAGAUUCCACCCCCAUUACCCUCAAUAAAAUCACCUCCUCCACCUCUGCCGACAACCACGCCGCCACCUCCAACCCCACCGUUGCCACCUUUGCCUCCAUCACCUGCUGUUCCACCUUUGCCACCAUCCCAACUGACUCCUGUUCAGGUCCCUGCUUCAGUCCCGACAUCUUUGCCAUCUUCUUCCCACCCAAGGACGUCUACUUUAUCCUCUCAGGUGAACUCUCAGUCUUCUGUCCAAGUGGCUACAAAAACGCAAGUGUCUGUGACGGCUGCUAUCCCGCACCUGAAAACUUCGACGUUGCCUCCGCUCCCACUCCCCCCUAUUUUAGUUGGGGAAGAUGACUUGGAUAGUCCAAAAGAGAUUCUUCCUCCGAAACCUGUGAAGAAAGAUAGAGAGCAGAGACCACGACACUUACUCACGGACCUCCCGCUCCCUCCAGAGCUCCCUGGAGGGGAUCCAUCUCCUCCUGACUCCCCAGAACCAAAGGCAGCCACACCACCUCAGCAACCGUUCAAAAAGAGACCAAAAAUCUGUUGCCCUCGGUAUGGGGAAAGGAGACAGACAGAAAGCGACUGGGGGAAGCGUUGCGUGGACAAAUUCGAUAUCAUUGGGAUUAUUGGAGAAGGGACGUAUGGGCAGGUGUACAAAGCCAAGGACAAGGAUACAGGUGAAUUGGUAGCUCUAAAGAAGGUGCGACUGGACAAUGAAAAGGAAGGCUUCCCCAUUACAGCCAUCCGCGAGAUCAAAAUCCUUCGGCAGUUGAUCCAUCGCAGUGUUGUUAACAUGAAGGAAAUUGUCACGGACAAACAAGAUGCACUGGAUUUCAAGAAGGACAAAGGUGCCUUUUACCUUGUAUUUGAGUACAUGGACCAUGACCUAAUGGGGCUGCUAGAAUCUGGCUUGGUACAUUUCUCAGAGGACCAUAUCAAGUCUUUCAUGAAACAGUUAAUGGAGGGUCUGGAUUAUUGUCACAAAAAGAACUUCCUUCAUCGAGAUAUUAAGUGCUCCAACAUCUUACUGAACAACAGUGGGCAAAUCAAACUUGCAGAUUUUGGACUCGCCCGACUCUACAGCUCGGAGGAGAGCCGUCCAUAUACAAAUAAAGUCAUUACAUUAUGGUAUCGACCUCCAGAAUUGCUGCUAGGUGAGGAGCGUUACACACCAGCCAUAGAUGUAUGGAGCUGCGGCUGUAUCCUCGGGGAACUGUUUACAAAGAAGCCUAUUUUUCAAGCCAAUCUGGAACUGGCUCAGCUUGAAUUAAUCAGCCGACUCUGUGGGAGCCCCUGUCCAGCAGUGUGGCCAGAUGUCAUCAAGUUGCCCUACUUCAACACUAUGAAACCGAAGAAGCAAUACCGAAGGCGCCUGCGUGAGGAGUUCUCCUUCAUUCCUUCGUCUGCUCUUGAUCUGCUGGAUCACAUGCUGACGCUAGACCCCAGUAAGCGCUGCACAGCAGAACAGGCCCUGCAGAGCGACUUCCUUAAGGAUGUUGACCUCAGCAAGAUGGCACCUCCGGACCUCCCGCAUUGGCAGGAUUGCCAUGAGUUGUGGAGCAAGAAACGCCGACGGCAGCGGCAGAGUGGGAUUGCAGUGGAGGAGCCACCAUUAUCAAAAGUUUCUCGGAAAGAAACUACCUCUGUUACAAGCACGGACACUGUCAAAAACAACAGCAGUCCUGUGCACCCACAGCCUGCCCAGCUCAAAACAGAGCCUGGUGCUGGAGAUGCAGUAGGCCUUGGAGAAAUCACCCAGCAGCUGAAUCAGAGUGAACUAGCUGUUUUACUGAACUUGCUGCAGAGCCAGACUGAUCUGAGUGUCCCACAGAUGGCCCAGCUGUUGAACGUACACUCUAACCCAGAGAUGCAGCAACAGCUGGAGGCUCUCAACCAGUCCAUCAAUGCUCUGACAGAAGCCACGACUCAGCAACAGGAGUCUCAGGCAGCGGCAGCAGCAGAGGAAGCCAUAGAAGAGCCACCCACGGAGGCCCAGCCGCCAGAGGAGCAGGCGACUCCAGAAGCAGCCAGCGCUCAGGGAGACAUGCAGAACGUGCUGGCCGUUCUGCUGAGUCAGCUGAUGAAGAGCCAGGAGCCUGUUAUAACCCUGGAGGAGAGCAACGGGGAGAAGAGCAGUGAGCAACGGGGGCCAAGGAAAACCCCUACAAUGCAUCCGGAGGAAAGUACAGCAUGUCCUCCUCGCAUUCUCCCACCAGAGAAGAGACCCCCUGAGCCCCCUGGACCGCCACCGCCUCUCCUGUCCGAGGGAGACCUCUCCAGCGCGGCGCAGGAGCUGAACCCGGCCGUGACGGCUGCUCUGCUGCAGCUCUUUUCUCAGCAAGAGGCGGAGACGCUGGGCCCCGUGACGCGCGAGCACCAGGCCUCGAGGUCCGCGGACUACGGCAGGUCCCACGCGUCCAGGACUUACAGCACGGAGGGCUCGGAGGGGGGAUUUGGUGCCGAGGAGCUGAAUUCCGGCCAAACUCUGCUAGAACCCUCCGCGCAGACUCUGGGGAAAAGCAGGACCUUUUUGGGCUCCGUGAGCCACCUCGGGGAGACGAGCAGCUACCAGGGCACAGGAUCUGUCCAGUUUCCAGGGGACCAGGACCUCCGCUUCGCUCGAGUCCCCGUAGCGAUACACUCGGCCGUCGGGCAAUCCUUCACGAAAGCCGAGGGGAGCAACAACACGCUGGUGCAUCCAGAGGCCAAAAUCCCAAGCUACGGCGAGCUGGGAGCGGGCAGCGCCGGCGCCAGCGGGGCAGGAGCGGGUCCCGGCUGGGGCGGCCCCACGCCGGCGGCUCCCUACGGCAAGGCGUACCGCGGGCCCGGCAGAGUGCCUCCGAGGGGGGGGCGAGGGAGAGGGGUCCCGUACUGAGACUCGCGCUUCGCCGUGGUCUUUCCCUCCCUUGCCUCUCAACCUUUAGCAAAAUGACUUUUUUUCCCCCCCUCUCUCCCUCUCGCCAGAGCAAGGUGUCGUCCGCGUUUCGGCUGCCGCAAAGCUCCCUCUUGUAUUCCCCGCUCGCUAGGCCGCUGGCGGGCGCCCGGGCAGCGCCGCCGAGUCCCGGCCGGGUGUCUCGCAGCCGAACCUCUCGCGCUUGGGUAGUGACGAAAAGACGCGGUGAGCUUUCUGCCCUGAGCCGGCAGACGGGGGGGGGGGAAGCGUUUAAAAAUAGGAGGAACGAAGCAAACCAACCACGUUGGAAGAAGGAAAUAUGGAUGUUUCACGCGCUGGGCGCUGGUGCCCCUUGGGAAGAGGGGCACUGUGCGGUGCUCAGGUCGGGCUGGGGGAGAGCCUGUUUCCCAAAGCAGGGUGGUUUUGUUUUUGUUUUUGUUUUUUUUUUAAUCCCCUUUAAAGAAAAAAAAAAAAAAAGGAAAGGGAAAAAAGAAAUGGAAAAAUGUUGAUGCAGGGGUACCUGGAUCAUUCUCCCGGAUUUGGAGCCCCAGGAUGUGGCACUGGCUUGUACUCGGGAUUUGUCUCGCAUCGCUUUCUUCCCGUCCCUCUCCCCCUCUUCCGUUCCAUGCCGAGUCUUGGAGCAGCCUGGCUGGGAGGCCGCGCGCCCGCCCUGAUGGCUCCCAGACUCCCGAUCAUUUACGUUUUGAUGGUAGCCUUAGUAAAUUGGCUUUUGUGAAGGGUCUCUUUGGGUUUUCUCUCUCUCUUCUGCUAUACAUUUGCAGUGGGAAUUUUUUUUCCUUUUUUUUUUCUUUUGGAUGCUCAAGAGCCGAAGAGAACACCUCACUUAAAUCUGUAUUCUCUUUGUAAUUCGUAAACAAUUCCAAACCAUCUCAAGAAUUAAAGAGGAGGAAUGUUCCUGGGGGGAAGCUCCAGCAGCCGGCAGUGUCUUUUGUCGGCGUCGCUCGCGCUCGGGGGCCGCUGCCGCGUGUGCCGCCCGGCCCGGCCUGCCUCGGGCUCUCCCACAGCGCCGCGGAUUCGGCACUUCGAGGAUUAACGGGAGUUAACGUAUCACUUCUAUAAGCGUAUAUACUUUUGUUGUUGUCAAGGCAGUAUUUACAGUGGCUUUUCUCCUCCCGCAGAGCAUUGCCAUGUUGUCCAUUUCAGUAAGACUUAAAAGAAGUGAAUAAAGCAGAGGUACCUAUUUAUGACCUUUUUUCCCCAACGUAGGCCUUUCCUAUGGAAAACGUGCACUUGUUCUCCUAAUUUUAGAGCUGACGGUGUUCUGAAGCGUUAAAGGGCUUGGAAGUGGUGGGGCCGGGAGACCUGCUUACGGUUGCUAACAGAAUUUGAUUUUAUUUCUUUGGAUACAGAGAUACAAAUUCAAAAAAUGCACCGCAGUAGGUGCUUCUCUAACUGGGGAAAUUUGCCUUAUCCCGAAAGCCGAGCGACUGCGUAAGGAAUAGCUCUGCCCAGGGAGGAAGGAGGGGAAGGAGUACGUAUUGCCUGUACCGCGCGAGGCCCCCGUGUGAAUAAAAAAGCAACUCCUGUACUGUCGAUUCAGCAGAGGCGAGUGACACCGUUUGCAAAAUUCCACGUGUAAAUUUUUUUUUAAUUGCCAGUUCAUGCCUGCCUGAUGUUCGAAACCGAAAGAAAAAGAAAAGUUCUGUAAGAUGCAGAGUGCACUAAAUAAACCAGUCACCUCUCCCGAGUUUUUAAUUUAUAUAUAUAUAUAAUUUUUUUUUUUCUUUUCACGGUGCAGCUGCCAGCUCUGGUAUGUGUUGGAGGUUUUGUUGCUAUUCUGGCUUUUCUUCCUGAGCCCAUCAGCUUUGGAAGGAGAAACUGUGUUGCAGUGCUGAAUCCUCUUAGGAAGCGGAGGGCGGUUUAUUAUCGUUCCAGCGCGGCGUGGUCACAGCUAGGUCUGGCGAGAGCGGUGCUCCCGCGUGCGGGGAGCAGGCUGCGGGCUGGCCCGGCCCUCGCAGGGGACGUCGUGGCCCCCAAACACUUUGGAAAGACGUGGUGCAAGGUGCACGUGCCCCGUCGGUGCGGAGCCGCUGCCGUCUGCGCCUUCGUCCCUUGUGCUGCCGCCGUGGGAUGCUCCAGCGCUGUGCCGGGAUGCUCCAGUGCCGCGGUGGGAUGCUCCGGUGCUGUGGCAGGGAUGCUCCGGUGCCGCUCCCUUUGCAGCGUGUCCCGAAAAGGGGCCAAGGUGCGUGACCGCGGGUGGAUUCCCGUCCCUCCAUCAGGCCCGGAGCAACCGACGGGAAUCGCCGAUUGCCGUCUCUUGCUCCGGGCUGGCUCCCGCCCGGCUCAUGGAGACCCUCAGCAGGGCGAAGCGCGGAGGGGAGGGUGCCGUGGCGUCGCCCUGGCUGCGUGGCAGAUGGCCGGGCUCCGCCGGCGGCCGCUUUCCUUAAAUUGUCCCGGCCCGCUGCUUUCCGCGGUGGCGGCAGCUGAGGAAGCGCCACGCCGUGACCGCGGGAGCCGCAGGUGGACGCGGGGCCGCAGCUCCGGACACGGGCGCCUGGGCACCCCCGGGACCUGCUCCCUUCCCUUCCCCGCCAGCGCCUCUUUCCUUUUCCUUUUUUUUUUUUUUUUCCUUUUUUUCCCUUUUUUUUCUUUCUUUUUUUUUUUUAAAGGGGCUCUGUACAAAGAAGACAAAAGGAUUUGCUGGGGGGGGAAACGUGUGCGUUGCAAAGCCUGGGAACGCGGCGCAGGUUGCAGGCGAGGCGGCAGGUGGCAAUUCCCUCCUCUCCUCCCGAGCGCGGCUCGCGUCCGGGCUGAGGCCGUGGCUGGGAAGCCGGAGCCCCGGUGCCGGCGGAGAAGCGGCCGGUCAGGCUCCCGCUGUUCCGCUCCCGAGUUUCGCUCCGAGACUGAGCGCGCCUUUUCUGGUUGUACCUUUGUCUCUGUACAGAUAUUUUGUAAUAUAUUCAAUUUUUUUUUUCUUUUCAGUUUAUAAAAAUGGAAAGUGGAGAUUGGAAAAUUAAAUAUUUCCUGUUACUGUA